UUGAUCCCACCUUCAAAACUUAGUAGUCCCUCCCACCCCCUCCCAGCCCCAGCUUGGAGUUCAUUUAUAAAUUUAAAUUAUCUUCCAGGAAUUUGUAGGAAGAGUAUCUCCCGAUUUUCGUUGAUUGUUAAAGACAACAUAUGGCGGAGAUAUCGUCAGGUUCUGCAAAUGGCAACCACACCGGAGUGGCUGUCAACAUAAAGGAUGAUGAUGAUUUGAACCAGCAACAGCUCAGUGACGAUGCUUCAGGCUGCGGCUUUCUCACUAUACCUUUUAUUCAAAAGAUCAUAGCCGAGGCGCUCGGAACAUACUUUUUGAUAUUCGCCGGUUGUGCGGCGGUGGUGGUGAACGCCGACAAAGACAAGGUGGUGACGCUGCCUGGAAUAUCCAUUGUGUGGGGGCUUGUGGUCAUGGUUAUGGUUUAUUCCGUCGGUCACAUCUCCGGCGCCCAUUUCAACCCCGCCGUAACAAUUGCCUUUGCCACCUGCAAGAGGUUCCCAUGGAAACAGGUGCCAGCAUAUAUCGCGGCUCAAGUCCUGGCAGCAACCCUAGCAAGCGGAACCCUACGUCUAUUGUUCAAAGGACGGCACGAUCACUUCGCCGGGACCCUUCCCACCGGCAGCGACGUCCAGUCCCUCGUCGUCGAAUUUAUUAUUACAUUCUAUCUCAUGUUUGUCAUAUCCGGUGUCGCCACCGACAACAGAGCUAUUGGAGAACUUGCGGGUCUAGCCGUUGGAGCUACCAUUUUGCUUAACGUGAUGUUUGCUGGGCCUAUUUCGGGGGCAUCAAUGAACCCAGCAAGGAGUUUAGGGCCAGCCAUAGUAUCAAGCAACUACAGGGGCUUAUGGAUCUACAUGUUGGGCCCAACAGCCGGGGCAAUAGCUGGAGCUUGGGUCUACAAUAUCAUCAGAUUCACUGACAAGCCUCUGCGCGAAAUCACUAAAAGUGCCUCAUUUCUCAGAAGCUCAACCCGCAGCGCCUCCAAGUGAAGUGAUUAUGAAACCUGUUUCUUGUUUCAGUUUCAAUGUACCUUGAAAAGGAAAACACAAGUCAAAUGGAAUAGGAAUGAAAUAAAAAUCAUGAGAUCGGAGCAAUUUUCACCGCCCAUUUGUAAUGUGAAAUAAUUACUACUCUUUUUUUUUUUUUUUUUUAAAUGGGGGGUCGUGAAUCGUGAUGAUGGACUCCAAUUUGUCAAUGCAUGUACGCUGCGGUAUUUGUGUGGAAAGGUAUGCAAGCAAAAGUGGAGUGGAAUUGGAUGCUUUAUGCAAAUGUAUUUUAAUAAAUUAGGUUUCCCUUUAA